AUGGCACCAUCAACCCGUUUGUCCCCCCUGACGGCCAUCGAAUCCGACCAGUCUCGCGCCAACACACCGGGCACCUCCUAUUUGCCCAGCGGUGUCCACGACACUCCCUUACCGAUGGGCAAGUACUAUCCAUCCAACUAUGAGAGAAGUAGUCCGGACGCGAGGAUAGGACCAUCUGCCCCUCCAAGCCGUAUGUCGUCGACGAGAUCUGAGGGCCAUUUGCCUGCUCGUGAAGGUUUCAGACCUUCAAGGCAAGACUCUGAAGUUCGACGGAAGCUUCAACAGUACCAACGGGACAUGAUUGCUCAGGCAAGCCUCGCCGCGAGUGAAGUACUCGGAAGCUCCGCAAGUCAAGGCAACGCAGUGCCCGGCUCCACUAUUACUUUGAAUGGGGUGCCCCUGGCAAGCAUGCAUCACAUCGGGACAGCCGGCGCCCAUAAACCUGUAUCACCAAGACUAUUGCCACUAGGAAGCCCCGGCCCCGUUACACCCAUGAAUCUAGAGGGCGACGACGUUGGAUAUCUAGACCGGGGCCGCAAUGAUGAAAUUGCUCGAUUGCUGCGGGCUGAGGAAGAGCGCAUACGCCGGGAAGGAGCUACUUCUCCGGCGGUGGAGACCGGCCCUCAGGCAUUCUAG